UUUCUUUUUCCUAAAGAGUUUCUUGGCUCUGUUGCCUGCUAAUUGGAGGGAUAACGUGUUCUACAUCAGAAGGUGAUUGGUCUCCUGCACUGGGUUCUAAUGCAGCAUGGCUCUAUGCAGGAUCACUUAGGUCUCUAGGAUAUGGCAAUUAUAACUCUCCAACAGCUCAAAUGAGAGCGCAACAGAAACAUCCGGCCUCCAUCCUGCGGAAGGAACUGGCCCCCGUGUCCCAGCAACCUCAGCAAAUGAGAUAUCAAGCUCAAAUGCCCCAGAAUCAACAAGCCACUGAACUUCAGAAGCAACUGGCUGCCAUGAACCAGCAAGUGUGGCAUCCAGCUCAAAUGCCCAUGCAGCAGAAGCAACCUACCACCGUAUCCCAGCAAGUGUGGCAUCCAGCUCAAAUGCCCCUGCAGCAGAAGCAACCUACCACCGUAUCCCAGCAAGUGUGGCAUCCAGCUCAAAUGCCCCUGCAGCAGAAGCAAACUACCACCGUAUCCCAGCAAGUGUGGCAUCCAGCUCAAAUGCCCCUGCAGCAGAAGCAACCGACCGCCGUGCCCCAGCAAGUGUGGCAUCCAGCUCAAAUGCCCCUGCAGCAGAAGCAACCGACCGCCGUGCCCCAGCAAGUGUGGCAUCCAGCUCAAAUGCCCCUGCAGCAGAAGCAACCGACCGCCGUGCCCCAGCAAGUGUGGCAUCCAGCUCAAAUGCCCCUGCAGCAGAAGCAACCGACCGCCGUGCCCCAGCAAGUGUGGCAUCCAGCUCAAAUGCCCCUGCAGCAGAAGCAACCGACCGCCGUGCCCCAGCAAGUGUGGCAUCCAGCUCAAAUGCCCCUGCAGCUGAACCUACCGCCCACUGAACCUCAGAAGAACCUGACGUCUAUGCCCCAGCAAGUGUCGUAUCGAUCUAAAAUGCUCCAGCAGCAAAAUCAUCUGGCUGCCAUGCCACAGAUUCCUCUUCUCAUGUGGCAUCCAGCUCAAAAUCCCCAGCAACAGCAGGAGCUGGCCGUCGAACCCCAGCAACAGCAGGAGCUGGCCGUCGAACCCCAGCAACAGCAGGAGCUGGCCGUCGAACCCCAGCAGCAGCAGGAGCUGGCCGUCGAACCCCAGCAGCAGCAGGAGCUGGCCGUCGAACCCCAGCAGCAGCAGGAGCUGGCCGUCGAACCCCAGCAGCAGCAGGAGCUGGCCGUCGAACCCCAGCAGCAGCAGGAGCUGGCCGUCGAACCCCAGCAGCAGCAGGAGCUGGCCGUCGAACCCCAGCAGCAGCAGGAGCUGGCCGUCGAACCCCAGCAGCAGCAGGAGCUGGCCGUCGAACCCCAGCAGGAGCUGGCCGCCGAACCCCAGCAGCAGCAGGAGCUGGCCGUCGAGCAGCAGCAAAUGAGUAAUCCAGCUCAAAUGCCCCAGCAGCAACCAAACCGCGUUCCUCAGCAAGAAUGGCAUGUAGCUCACAAGCCCCUGCAGCAGAAGCAACUGGCCACUGAACCUCAGCAGAAGGAACUGACCGCCAUGCCCCAGCAAGUGUGGUAUCGAGUUAAAACGCUCCAGCAGCAUAAUCAUUUGGCCGCCAUGCCACAUAAGCAACAGGCCCCCAUUCCCCAGCAGCCUCCGCUUGUGUGGCAUCCAGCUUAUUUUCCCCAGCAGCAGAAGGAUCUGGCCGUCGAACCCCAGCAGCAAGUGAGGUAUCCAGCUCAAAUGCCCCAGCAGCAACCGAACCCUAUUCCUCAGCAAUUAUGGCAUGUAGCCCAAAUGCCCCAGCAGCAACUGGUCCCAAUGUCUCAGCAGAAGCACUACGAAAGCACUAAAGAUGGCGCCUCUAGUAAUUCUCAGUUCCAAAUCGGUUCCAAAUCACACUACGAGAAUGGCAGAACUGUCUUCUCCCAAACCCACUACACUCAUAGGGAGGCUAUGCCUGUUGACAGUGGAAAUGCUCCCAAUGACAGUGUUGGCAUAUUUGAACCAAGCACAUACCCACCACUAGUGAAGGAUCCUACAAGGAAAAUCUAAUGGUGGAUUCAUCCUUUAGAAGCUGAUGGUUUCAGUCAUGCUUUUGUUUUUACCAGGAAGUUGCUGUGUUCUUGCUACUCUUGCAUGAUUGAAUCAAUAAACUAUUUUACUUUCCAAUA